UAGAAGAGAGAGAGAGAGAGAGAAAAAGUGCUCUGGGGUAGAGAGAGAGAAAGAGAGAGAGAAAGAGAGAGAGAGAGAGAAAGGCAAAGAAGCUAGAGAAGCACACACAGGUAAGAAAGAGAGAGAUAGAGAGAGAGAUAGAGGUGUCUGUGAAAGCACCCAUUUGUGAAAAGGGGAUCAUUGAAGAGAAUCGAUUUGGGUGGUGACGGAGAGCGGGAGGCAAUUAUUGAUUUUCCGGCGAGUCCGGCCACAUAUCCGGCGGAGAAUUAUGCGACCGGAGAAAACACAGAGAAGCAGCUACACCACCUGGGAGGAGAUUUGCGAUUGACUUUUUUCUCAACUGGGGUACUUGAUUUUUUCCUCCGAUGGACCGUAACCGAGAGGCUAGAAGAGCCGGUAUGGUGGCCUCUUCCAAUGGCAUAUCCAGACGGAGACAUAGAACUAACAGUCUUCGAGACUCCCCAGAUGAAGAUGUGGCGGUGGAGUUUUCGGAAUCGGUGAGAUUAAGGGAGAGAGUGAAGAAGGAUCGAGAUCGGGAUCGAGAGCGCGAGAGAGACAGAGAUAGAGAGAGGGAGAGGGAGCGUUCGAGCAGGAGUAAAAGGAGGAGAGGCGAUGAUAGUUCUCAGGAAAGUGUGAACGAUGAUGAAGAUGAGGAGGAUGAGGAUACCACCGCCCACGUCCACCACCAACUCCACCACAGUAGCAACGCCGGUGGUGGAGGAGGAGUGAGGUUAUUGCCGCCGAAUCCAUCGGCGGCUGCGGCUGCAGCGGCGGCGGCGACUUCCGUUACGAACCACCAUCACCAUAGCAGUAGCACCAACAGCCAUCACCAGCACCACCAACAGCUUCAGCACCGUAAGACUUUUCCUCCGAGCGCCGGAAAGCCUUUCAGGGCGGCGCCCGUGUGGAAAUCCGGCAAUGAAAUGAUGGACGUUCCAGUCCCCAGAAAAGCUCGCUCAGUCCAUCCCAAGAGGUCACACGAUUGGAUUUCAAGCGGCAGCGGCGGUAGUUGUGGAGUCGGGGAUCAAAUUCACCGUCAGGCUUCGACUUCGCCGGUGAGACAGGGUCCGGUUUCAACUUCGACGCCUUCGCCGGCACCUCCAUUGUCGCCGUCGUCAUCCAAUGCUUCGGGGCGUAGAAAGAUUAAGGCUAAUGGGUCGAAGCAGAGACCGCCGCCGAAAUCCUCGUCCAAAUCGACUUCUUCCAACAACCCUGAGGAGCUGGAGAUUGAGAUUGCGGAGGUUUUGUAUGGGUUGAUGACUCAGUCACAAGCUCCUUUGAAGAAAGAAAUUGCAUCUAACGAUACCAGAGAAGUAAACAACAGAUCCUGUGCCGAUACUAAAUCCCGUGUCUCAUCGCCGGUUUCCGGCUCUCCGUCGCCGGCGAUUUUGCCUUCGGUGCCCAACUCCUCGUCGGCAGCUCCCUUUUCGGCUGUUGCUCCGAAGAGGAAGAGACCAAGGCAGGUUUCGGAGAAUCAGGGCAGCGCUAGCGUUCGGAGCAGUCCGUCAUCGGCUUCUGCUAAAGCAGAGAUGGAUCAGACGAUGAAGGCGGAGGUUUCUUCUUCCCCAAAUUUCGAGAAAACACCAGUUCAAAAUGGUGGUGGCUCUUUGUUAUAUGGUUUGGGCAGUUCAAUCAAUUCACAAUCAGAUCCGACGGCGGAGCCGAUGAAGGUGGAAUCGGAAAUCAAGCCGCCGGCGACGGAGCAAGCGCCGGAAAGUGGAGAUUUGGCCGGAAAGGAGGAGGAGGUGGUGGUGAGCUCUCCGAAGAAGGAAUCACCUCCUUCUGCUUCUGCUUCUGCCGAGGACUCGAAAGCGAUGGCUGAUUCUGUAACCACCAAACCCUCAACUGUGUCAGAGGUGGAAGAAGGGCAGAGAGAGGAGAAGAAGAUCCAGAUAGAUCUGAUGGCUCCGCCGCCUCCACUGUUGAGAUCUUCACCGGAGAGGGAAGGCUCUGCUACAAUGGAUAUCAAGACAAUUGCAUCCGAGUCUUUGCCAGAAAGGGCUGCUGUGAAGCACAAUGAGGAAGAUGAGAAAAUGGAGGAAAAGACUGUGGAAGAAGAGAAAAAGAUGAAAGCAGUAGAAGAAGCAGAAGCACCACCCCAGAAAAGAACUGAAAGUAGUAGUAGUAAGGGCAAGGAUAAUAUUGGUGUUCAGCUGGAUUUAGAAAAGCUGCAAAGGGGGGAUAAUAAUAGUAAACUUCAUCAACACCACCAUCCACUGCUUAAAAGUAACAAUGAAGAACAUCCAGAGAAAGCUAAUCAAUCAAGUUCCUUCCCUUUGCCCCCGAUGUCAUUGGCUGGCUGGCCUGGUGCUGCUGCUGCUGGCGCCGCUGCUGCUGCUGCUGGGCUUCCUCCAAUGGGAUACAUGGCACCCCUUCAAGGAGUUGUGACAAUGGAUGGGAGCUCUGUUCCCACACCACCAUUGCAGCCAACAUUUUCUCAACCGCGGCCAAAAAGAUGUGCGACGCAUUGCUACAUUGCUAGGAAUAUACACUUGUAUCAACAGUUCACCAAAAUGAAUCCCUUCUGGCUGCCAACUGCUGCUGCCGCUGCUGCUAGCUCUGCUGCGUCCUUGUUUGUUUCAAAGGCGGCGUGUAAUCUUAAUGUUGUCCCCACACCGGCAGAUCUUCAUGGAAACAUCGGUGGGAGGGGCGUAAAUUCUGGUCCAGAUAAUAAGGGGGGGCACGGGGGUGUUGCUAUUUUCCCUGGUCUUGCUGCUGGUGGUGGUAAAGACAAAGGCUCUCAACCACCCACCCUUCCAGAUCAUCCUGCUCAGAGAAAACAGCAGCAGAUUUUGUUGCAGCAAGCAUUACCACCCCCUAUUGCACCCAACAAUCUACUGCCUGGGCACACUUUCAUCUUCCCUUUGAAUCAGCAGCAGCAACAAGCAGCAGCCGCAACUUCCGCAGCUCGACCUGGGCCUGCAAAGUCCCCUGCAAACGCUGCCUCAAAUGCGUCGAAUUCUGCUGCAACUGGUACUGCUACCACUGGAGGAGCUCCAGCUGCAAUUAGCUUCAGCUACCCGAAUAUGCCGCCAAAUGAAACUCCAUACUUGGCGAUCCUACAAAAUAAUGCAUAUUUUCCAAUAGCAGCUGUUGGUCCACCGCUCAAUUACAGAGCAACUCAUCCUCCGUCCUUGCCAAUGUUUAAUGGCUCUUUCUGUCCUUCUCAGAUGAUCCAUCAUCCAUCACAGCUUCAUCAUCAUCAUCAUCAGCAACAGCAACAGCAGCCACAGCAGCCUACUCCAAGUUCACAAUCCCAGCAGCAAAUGCAGCAAAAUACCAGCAUCUCAAGUGGUUCCUCUUCAUCCCAUAAGCUUCUCCAAAACCACCAGCAAAAGCAGCGGUCCCAAGGUGGUGGUGGUGGUGGUGUUAUUAAUGGAAGCAGUGGAAGUGGGAACUUGCACAACUUCCCUGCCUCAAACUCAAAGACCCAUCCACCUCAUCAGCCCCAGCAACUCCCACAUGGACGCCAUAUCGAGAAUGAGCUAGGUAGUGAAGAUAACCCCCCAUCAACUGCUGAGAGCCAAGGAUCUCGUGUGCCAGUUAACAUGUAUAGCAACCAAAAUUGUGUGAUGCCAAUCCAUCCCUCAAAUUUCAAUCUGAUGACUCCACCUACUGCCGGUGUUUUAUGUGCUACAAGUGUAAGUGGAAAUCAAAGUGAGAAGAAGCAGCAACAACAGCAGGGAAUUAAACCUGGAACAGAAUCAAUGCAACCCCAAUCUUUUUCUAUGUCAUUUACUUCAAUUAAUGGGGCUUCUGCUCCUGGAAUCGAUAUAUCAUCGUCUAUGGCACAGGCUAAUGCUGCUAUUUUUCAGAAUUUCACUGAGGCUUCAAGGCAAAAUUUGCAUAUAGCGGCAGCAGUUGCUGCUGCUGCUCAGCCUAAGAAAAACUACAGAGAUGAGAGUAGAGGUGGAUCCGGUGAUCCAACUACUAGUGCUGAUGAUGAGAGAAAGGGGGGUUCGGCAGGGAAGGGUCCUGCUACUGUUGGACAGUCUAUUACAUUCUCAAGGUCUGACGUUGCGGAUGCUUCAGGAUCUAAACUUGCAGCAAAUGGUAUUGAUAGCUCAAGAUCCAUAUCUCUUGCAUCUGCUUCUGGUUGGACUGCACGGGCUGCUGCAAUACCAACCUCCAUGGGGUCAAAUGCUCAGUUACAAGCUCAACUACAACAUAAGCAGCAGCAGCAAAUGGCUCAACUCCAGAUGCAGCAGCAACAUCAGUUAGCUGCAGUUGUUGCUAGAAGUAAAGCACCUCCUACGAGUAAUGGCAUUGUGUAUUCUGAGCAUUCGAAUCCACCAACCUCGGUUGGUAUGAAGUUCCCCAACACAAUCUCUGCGUUUCCACAAAAUCUUGUUCAAACAAGUAGCAAUGGUAGUCCUGUGCACUCUCCUCAGUGGAAAGGAUCUGGAAAAACGUCGUCUUCCUCCCAAGUGGCAUCAACCACACCGUCGUCUCUCAAAAGCAUCUCCCACCAGCACCAGCAGCAGCAGCAGCAACAACAGCAGAUGAGAAUCCAACCAAACCACACUCAAAUAUCUUUUGUGGCGGCGAAUCAGAAAUCAUCGACGACGACAACUUCACAAGGACAACACCCCUCAAACAGUAAUCAGUCACAAUCUUCCUCAAUGGUGAUUGGCUCUCCAACUACUACUUCCUCUAUCUCAAAGGGUGCCAGUGGAAGCCCAAGAACCACUUCUGCUUCGAUGAAUAAUAAAAUGGACCACCAAACUCCAUUGGUAGUACAACAGGGGAAAGCAUCAGUGUCAAACCCCAACCAGAAGUCGUCAUCUCCGGCAAGUGGGAGGAAUGUUCCAUCAAUUCUUGGAAACAACCCUCAUAUUUCUACCUCAAGCAGUGUAAGCAAAACUCAAGUACAGCAGCAUUUAGCAAAAGGCAUACAACAAUCUCAACUCUUCUUCUCAAGUCCUUAUGCGCAAGCACAACCUUCUUCACAUUCUGUGAGUUCGAGUUCGAGUUCUGCUCCAGCUACUAGUGGGUAUUAUAUUCAGACAAGACGACCAGAACAGCAACAGCCUUCAGGCUCGACGAUGGCACCAACAACAUCCUCAACGGCUGGGAUGUUGACUUUGUGCCCCGUUACUCUCGGUGGUGGAAACACUUCUGAUCCUGCGAAAGCAAUUGCAGCAGCAGCCGCUGCUGCUGCUAGCAACGUGAGAGGUGGUGGUGGGUUGCCAUCGCAAAGCAUUCUCCAUACCGCCCAAUUUGCAGCAGCAGCAUCAUCUGGUAGUAGUCAGCAUCAGAUUUUUCCGGCUGGUUUCUCUUAUGUUCAACCUCCUGUCCCUACUGUGGUUCAGGUGAAGCCUCCACCGGAGCAGAAACAGCCUGCUGGAAAUGAUAAUUUGAAUGCAUGCUGGCAGCCUGAGAAGAAAUGAAGGACAGCACAGCAGCAAGCAUGAGGACAGUGUAUGUAUGUAGCGGAUCCCGUGAAUGUGAUGAAACAAA